AUGACGCUACAUGUGGAUGUUGAUAAAAUUUGGAUUUCUCUUGGGAAAUGGGGUAGCUAUCAGAAACGCCAGCUGCUUGUAUUACUGUUAGCGAUUUGGUCAUGUGGCUUUCAUAUGCUGUCCAUCGUCUUCAUAGCUUAUCGACCGAACUUCCUCUGUGCAGCUGUAGAAAUAAACACAAGUGUUAAGAAUGUCUCGUAUGACACUUAUUACACGCGAUCUUAUGGCAAGUGCUCUGUGACUCACAUGUCAAACAUCUCGGGGGAAUUGUCUGUAGAAAAGACGGGCUGUGUCGACGGAUGGUUUUAUUACGAAGAUGGAGCAUUUGCUGAUGAUAGGUCAAUCAUUUCGGAGUGGGACCUGGUUUGUGCUCGGAAACCGCUAGCUGAGCUUUCCCAGACGCUUGUUAUGAUAGGACAAGGAGUUGGAGCUUUUGUUUUUACAAGCUUAGCAGACAAGUACGGGCGAAAACCUGUUCAUGUUUUAUGCCACGCAGCUCUAUUUAUCAUUGCCCUUUGCACGGCCUUUGUCCCGAACUACCCAGCUUUUGCAGCAAUGAGGAUGUUACUAGGUGCCGUUCAACAGGGGACUGGCCUUUCGCUUGCAAUAUUAAACCUAGAGAUGUUUCCAAAAGAAAUCCGUAGUUAUGUUGAAGUGUUUGGCUUGCUCUUUUGGACAACAGGGAUAGCAAUAGUCACCCCGGUUGCUUACAUUUUUCGAAACAUGUCGUGGAGAUAUUUCCAGAUAUGCCUUGCUUGUUUAUCCUCGUGGUCUUUGAUUGAAUGGUGGUUGAUAGACGAGUCGUUACGCUGGUUAAUUGCAAACGGAAAGUAUAAAGAAGCCAAACGUGUAUUGCUUAAAGCGUGCAAGAUGAACAAAAAAGAUUUCAAAGACGUCGUGGCUGGUUCUGGCUUUCUGGAAGUUGAAAUGAGAUCCGCAAAAAUGCACGAUGGAAUAAAUGGCGGAACUAAUCAGGAUCUUCUCGACAAUGGUUUGUCUAAAUCUUCUAAUAGAACGACGCAGGAGGAUGGGAAAUCGUCAAUACAAGCCUACACAGUCAUUGACCUUGUAAAGUCCAGGAGGCUAUUUAUAUCGUCUUUGAUACUGUGGUUUGCAUGGGUGACGAACAGCCUAACAUACUAUGGAAUUAUGCUGAUAUCAUCAAGUUUGGCGGGAAACCGGUUUUUAAACUUUUUUCUCGGUUCUGUGGUGGAGUAUCCAGCUGCCUUCAUGGAAUACGUUAUGCUUAAUAGAUAUGGCCGGAAACCUACAGUGAUUAUUUUCCAUGUGAUUUGUGGAGUAGCUCUGAUAAUCGCAACAAUAAUAAACACGUGUGCUGAUGGCAACUCAGCCAUGGUUCUAACAGCGACAGUGUUCACAUUGAUAGGCAAGUUCGCUAUCACUGGCUCAUUUAGCACAAUAUUCCUGUACACACCUGAAUUAUAUCCCACAAAUAUGAGAAACGCGGGAAUCGGAAUGUCAUCAGCUGCGGCGAGAGUAGGGGGAAUGCUUGCACCCUUUUCGCGAAAUCUUGCUGAGUUUAUUGUUUGGGGCCCGGGCCUGGUUUUCGGCGUGAUGUGCGCCAUAGUGUCCGUGAGCAUGCUGUGGGUACCAGAAACCAACCAACACGAGUUGCCACAAACGCUUGAAGAAUGUGAGCAAUGGUACAAGGACAACAGACUACGACUUCCUUGUAGUCAGGACAGACGACGCUCCGAAAGAAAUGUUACUUGACAAGAGCAAUCAUAAUGACUUGCGGACAUUCUUUUGGAAAAUACAUCAUUCGGUUAAAGAGUCUAAGAAAGAUUUUAUACUAUAUAUAUGAACGUGUGUUACAUAAUAUGUGCAAACUUAUAAUCAGAUCUUCCUUUAAGUAGAAAGCAACAUACUAGCGUAGUCGAUAGGUCAUGUAUGGAUAUUUUAUGGUCGUUAAGUGCGUUAUAAUUUAUCUACCACGCUUGCUGAAACAAAACAACAGGAACGUAUUUCGCUAAUUCAAAUUUUCAACGAUCUAAUAUUUUCAGUUGCCGUUCCAAGGCGGUAUAAAACAUGUUUAGUGUACGAUUUUAAGUUAUAAAAACCUUGUCUGUUGUCUUGACCUCCCGCUGAGAGACUACAAUUCAUUUAUCAUUAUGCCUUGUUCUACGAUAGUUAUUGUCUCACUGCUAGGGUCGUCCAUGUAGUUUUAAUAGCUUGCAUUGCAAAAGUUAACUUGUAUGAUUUCCCCAAAUUCAAUACUUUUCAAUUAGAAACGUUGCCUUUUUUAAUUAGCAUUUAUCAAAUAACUUAUUAAACAAAGUUUUAUAUAUUGCAUUCAAAUAAAAAAAAACAUACAAUUGUAUAAACCAUGUAACGAACGACGUAGAAACUAAC